AAAUAGAGAGAAUGGAGAGCCAAAACCAGCUCCCACAACAGCAGUUGAGCAGAGGCACCACCUUCCUCAGGACUUGCUUCAAUGGUAUCAAUGCCUUAUCAGGUGUUGGGAUAUUAUCAAUUCCAUAUGCUCUUUCCCAAGGAGGGUGGCUGAGCCUCAUACUUCUAUUUCUCGUAGCCAUUCUCUGUUGGUAUACGGGGCUUCUUCUACGACGAUGCAUGGAUGCACACCCACUUAUCAAAACAUAUCCCGAUGUAGGCGAACUAGCUUUUGGGAUGAAAGGGAGAACCAUGAUAGCUCUGUUUAUGUACCUGGAGCUGUAUUUAGUUGCAGUAGAAUUUCUAAUAUUAGAAGGUGAUAAUUUGGAGAAGUUGUUCCCAGACAUGAGUUUUAAAGUAGCAGGCCUGAAGAUUGGAGGAAGACAAGGCUUUGUUCUUCUAGCUGCCCUUGUGAUCUUGCCAACUACGUGGCUGAGGAGUUUGGGGUUACUAGCCUAUCUUUCAGCUGGUGGGGUUUUUGCUUCAGUGACUGUGGUUGGUUGUGUUUUCUGGGCAGGUGCAGUUGAUGGUGUAGGAUUCCAUGAAAGGGGUAUGGUUCUGAAUUGGAGUGGUUUGCCAACUACCAUAAGCUUGUUUGUCUUCUGUUAUUGUGGUCAUGCAAUUUUUCCCACACUCUGCACUUCCAUGAAGGACAAAAGCCAAUUCUCCAAGGUUCUACUAAUCUGCUUUGCUCUAAGCACAAUCAACUAUGGAUCAAUGGCCAUUCUAGGCUACCUGAUGUUUGGAGAAAAUCUGAGGUCUCAAGUGACUCUAAAUCUUCCAACGGGAAAAAUGAGUUCCAAACUAGCAAUAUAUACAACACUAAUCAAUCCCCUGACCAAGUAUGGGAUAAUAAUUACUCCAAUUGCCAAUGCUAUUGAGGACACAUUUUCAUUCCACAACAGCCGACCCGUCAGUAUCACCAUCAGAACAGCGCUGGUGAUCAGCACUGUCGUCGUGGCCCUAACAGUCCCAUUUUUCGGCUAUAUAAUGGAAUUUAUUGGUGCAUUUCUGAGUGUGACUGUCUCAAUGUUGUUCCCAUGCAUAUUUUACCUUAAGAUUAACAAAGCUUCUCGAAGUUUUGGGUUAGAAUUGAUUGCUAUCAUUGCCAUUUUGGUACUGGGCUCCUUCGUUGCUGUAACCGGUACUUAUACUUCUCUCAGACAAAUUAUAAACCACCUCUGAAAGAUCAUUUGACGCAAGUUUCUUGUUCACAUUAAUAAGAUUUGUAAUUUUACCA